CCGCUUGCUGCUUUUGGAAACGGAGGAGGGGAAAUCGGGGACAGAGGACUGUGGGAGGGACGAACAUUGGAUCUGGAUUAGAUCUUGCGAAGCAAGUGACAAUGUAGCCGAGUCUGAAUUUCGUGUCGGAGUUUAGAAAUAUUCCAUCUAUUCCACAAAUAAACUGUUUAUGUGUUAUUAUGACAUUGAUGAAGUAACCUACGUAUGUACGAGGAAAUAAGGAGUAAGAUUUGCUUUUCUAUGGGAGACUCGAUAAUACUUUCAUUGAGUUAUUGGAAGGCUACGAUUACUUUUGCUUGAUUUUGGACGUUGAGUGCUUUCUGAAAACUGCCACCAAUGACAUGUAUUCCUGCUUUCUAACAUGCAACAACAACAGUGUAUAAGGAUUUGGAUGGCUGGAUCGAGCUGUUCCAUUCCAGCCUACACUGUACUCUGACCACAGCUGCCGACGGAGGCCUACAUCGCAUCAACGGUAGCGCCACACGACUUCAUUCCCCAACGCACUCUGGAAAUAACAUCUUUCACAAACACAGACAGAAAGUUGAACAGGAAAUUAAGCAGCAACAGAGAUUUUCCAUUUCUCCGGGCCUCCCUGGGCUUGGCAACCGUAACCGACCUCGGAAUUGAAACCACUUAUUUAAGGCUGAGAGACUCUUACGGGCCCUCACCUGUCAGCUGUGUUGGUUUAUCUGAGAGUCUGAGGACAGGAGCUCUGAGGUUGUUGAUGCUACUGUUCCCCAGCAUGGCGUUGUGAGGUACUGUCUUACCCGUACUCUCGACGGUCACCACUAAAGCUCUUACGCGCCCCCGGGGAAUCAUGGGAAAGGAGCAGGACCUUCUGCAGGCUGUCAAGAACGGGGACCUGCCCUCCACUCAGAAGCUACUGACCAAGCUCAAAGCCAGCCGAAACAAGUUGCUGGGCUCCACAAAGAGACUAAAUGUCAACUACCAGGAUGGAGACGGGUUUUCAGCGCUGCAUCAUGCGGCUCUCACCGGAACAACGGAGUUGCUGGCGAUGCUGCUGGAGGCCCAGGCCGUUGUGGACAUCAAAGACAGCAAUGGUAUGCGUCCUCUCCACUAUGCGGCGUGGCAGGGCAAGUCCGACUCAGUCCUCAUGCUGCUCCGAUCCGGUGCGGGAGUCAACGGCGUCUCCCAGGACGGACACAUCCCCCUGCACCUGGCCGCACAGUAUGGACACUACGACGUGUCUGAGAUGCUGCUGCAGCAUCAGUCCAACCCCUGUCUGAUCAAUAAAGCCAAGAAGACACCCCUAGACCUGGCCUGUGAGUUUGGCAGAGUUAAGGUGGCCCAGCUGUUGUUGAGCAGUAACAUGGUGGUGGCUCUGUUGGAGGGCGAUAGGAAGGAGCCCACGGACUCGGCCUUCAACACGCCGCUGCACCUCGCUGCACGCAAUGGGCACAAGGACAUCAUCCGGUUGCUGCUGAAAGCAGGCAUCGACAUCAACAGGGCCACCAAGGCUGGGACUGCCCUGCACGAGGCUGCCCUCUAUGGCAAGACGGAGGUGGUCAAACAGCUGCUUGAUGCUGGUAUAGAUGUGAACAUCCGUAAUACGUACAACCAGACGGCCCUGGACAUCGUGAACCAGUUCACCACCUCUCACGCCAGCAAAGAAAUCAAGCAGCUCCUAAGAGAUGCUACAGGUGUCCUGCAGGUGAGAGCUCUGAAAGAUUACUGGAACCUCCACGACCCCACCGCUCUCAACAUCCGCGCUGGUGAUGUCAUCAUGGUCCUGGAGCAGCACAUGGACGGACGCUGGAAGGGUCACAUCCAUGACACCCAGAGGGGCACGGACCGGGUCGGUUACUUCCCCCCCAACAUCGUAGAGGUCAUCAGCAGACGCUCAGGGGGCACCCUGUCCCGGCACGCCUCUCUACCUACCCAGCGCCAGCAGCUCCUCUCCAGAGCCCCCCUCUCCUCCAGCCUGAGCUCCGCCCCACAGACAGAUGACUCCUACACACUGUACGCCCCCAACAACCCCCACCUGGCCCUCCCCCACGCCAACGGCCUCAGCGCCAACCCAGGUCGGUCUCCCAGCAGCCUCUCCCAGCCUGGUUGUCCCCUCCAGGACAUAUGGGUGCUCAGGAACUCACACGCCACUGGUGACAGGAACAGCGUGGGGAGUACAGGAAGUGUGGGCAGCACUCGCAGCGCCGGGAGUGGACAGAGCACAGAGAGCAACAACAACAACCCUGCCCCUAACGGACCACAGCACCAGACCUCCUCACUGCCCGACACAGCCAAGGUGCAGCCAGCGACAUCUGCUGGAGACUCCAAUAAACAGCCUGACCAGACGGCAGUGGUAAUGGGUGCCCCUCGGAAGCCAGUGGGGACCAUUCAGAGACCAGGGGAGCAGCAGUUUGUCUCCCCACAAUUCAUACGUCCCCAGCAGCUACUGGAGGGCAAGGAUGCAGAGGCCAUCUACCAGUGGCUCAGUGACUUCCAGCUGGAGCAGUACACGGGGAACUUCAUCACGGCUGGCUACGACGUCCCCACCAUCAGCAGGAUGACCCCCGAGGACCUGACAGCCAUCGGCGUCACCAAGCCCGGCCACCGCAAGAAGAUCUCCAUCGAGAUAGGGAACCUCAGCAUCCCUGAUUGGCUGCCUGAAUACAUCCCGUCUGACCUGGUGGAGUGGCUGAGUGCCAUUGGUCUGCCUCAGUACCACAAGAAGCUGUCAGAGAAUGGGUAUGACUCCAUCAGCAUAGUAAGGGAUUUGACCUGGGAAGACCUGCAGGAGAUAGGCAUAACCAAGCUGGGCCACCAGAAGAAGAUGAUGCUGGCAGUGAAGAAGCUGACUGACAUCCACAGAGCCAUCGUGGCUGCAGAGUCGGGCCAGGGCACGCUGCGCCGGAAACCCCCGGGAGCCCUCCACCUGGUCACCAUCGAGCCCCCCGACAGCAACGCGGAAUGCCCGUCGCCCCACACCCCUAAGAUGCUGACAUUCCAGGACAGUGAGCUGAGCGCUGAGCUACAGACGGCCAUGUCCAACCACUACCAGGAGGGCCUCACCAUCAAUUCCGCGGUGGGCAUGUCGCGGAGCCAGGAGAGCAUCGACGCCCGCUCCCGGGGCUCGGGUCGCUCCCAGGACCCCCCCACGGCUUCCAUCAGUCCCCACAGCCGCUCUCAGGAGAGCCUGGGAAGCGGCAGCACCUCCACCAGCCUCAGCUCUGACAGCAGCCCGGCCAAGGAGAGGAACAUUCCCGAGGGCUGGGAUCAGAGGUCCAUCCGGCAGCAGCAACUGGCCAAGCAGGUCCCCCUGGGAGCAGCCACCGUGUUCAAGUACCCGGCCAUUCCAGCCAAGCCCAAGGGCCCUGGGUCUCACUCUCUAGGCUCUUCUCCCCAGGGCUCCCCUGCCCAGAGAGGCUUUAGCUAUCUCCACUCCCACUGUGGCAGCACUGACCUGGGCCGCAGCUCGCCCACCAAGCCCCUGGGACGCGCCUAUCACGCCAUGACACUUGCCGCACCGAAGAAGCGCACCCAGAGCCUGACGCGCUAUGCCCUGUCGGACGGCGAGCCAGACGAGGAUGACGACGACGACAGCGACUCCAUCACCCCGUCCGGCGCCCUGGCGUCCUACGCGACCCUGACCCGGCGGCCUGGGCGAAGCCAGCUGGCCCGCCUGCAGACCACGCCCGAGAAGAAUGGCAACGUUGGACGCAGCCAGUCUUUCGCUGUGCGAGCCCGUAAAAAGGGUCCCCCUCCACCCCCGCCCAAGAGGCUGAGCUCGGUGAGCAGUAGCGCCAGUGCAGGAUCCACAGAGAACAUGGGGCCCUCUGGUGGCGGGGUGCAGACAGACAGCCCCGGGACUGUUAGGAGCAUUACAGCCUGUCUGGAAGCCUCCACUGAGGGGAAGAGCCUGUCCACACCUAGGCUGGACCAACCGAAUCCCUCUCACCCAUCCCUCAACCCCUCAGCACUGGGGCCCAGAGAGGCCUCCGCAGGGGUGAGGAGGAGGGCUCAGAGCGAAUGCGUCCCGGCCCAGGCGGACAUUCCCAAACCGGAACGAGUGGUUAAGUCGGACUCUGAGGAGGAGGAACCGAAAGCCCCAGGCUUAGACGGCACCUCGUCCCCCCACAACAGCUCCAGCGAGUGCAUCCCCUUCGCUGAGGAAGGCAACCUCACCAUCAAGCAGCGGCCCAAGGUGGGAGGGCCGCCCAGGGCUGAGAGCGUGGUGGAACCCCAGGCAGAGAAGGCAGUCCUGGAUGUGCCCGAGUUCAACCUGAAAGAGUCUGACACAGUGAAGCGGAGACACAAGCCCAAGGACAGGGACCCGGCUGGGGGCUCCCCCACCAGUGACAGCGAGGGCCAGAUGGAGUCGGACUCCAGCUCCGUUCGCCUUGAGGAAGUCAGGCUGGUCAGCCUGAGGAUCAGUGAGGCCAGUCUGGAGGGCCUGGAGACCCCAAUGGGUCCAGGAUCACCCCUCAAACCCCCCCUCUCCCCAAAACCUCCCGGAUCACGCGGACCACCUGUCACCGCCCCUAAACCGCCCAGGCACAGUUUGGCUUCUGCCACGGCCAUUGUGCCGCCCACCGUGACAGUCAACCCGGUGCAGAGUUUGGCUUUCUCAUCCCCACCGUCGCCCACACACACCCUAGUUGCCCCCCUCGUGGUCCCUCAGAGCCAAGCGGCCCACCCAGGGAGUGUCCACGUGGGAGGCCCUGGAGUGGACUCAGACCCGGGGGCGGUGGUGGAGGUGCAACAACAGAGACUGGAACAGACCAGCACCUCCCUGGAAGCAGCCCUGAAGGCCGUGGAGAGGAAACUCACCCAGGAGGACAACACCGAUGGUGGGGCGAACGCGGUGAAGUCGGCGGGCAACAUUCUGGAUGACAUUGGCAACAUGUUUGAUGACCUCGCCGACCAGCUAGAUGCUAUGCUGGACUAAAACCUGCCCCUUUCACACCAGUCCCACGGACCCCCCCCCGACUUUCAACCCAGAACCUCAGGAAGUACUGAUAGUGAGCGAGAGACAAUGGAGCAGGACACCCCCACCUCGGUGUCAACCCCUCUAAUAAAACAACUAAAACACGACACACCAACCCCUGCCAGCCUGUAGAAACUAUUUAGGACUAGGUUGGACUGGCAGGUAUGAAGUGGAAUUGUUUUAAUGAACUUCCCAGCUUCCACCUAGCCACUUCCUCUCCACCUAUCAACAGCAGCACUUAACCCUGCUCCAUGGCGCCCUGCCAUCCGCCCUGUUUGUUCCACACAGACCCAGCAUGGGUCCUUGGACCUAGACGAGCCAACUGCCUUGAGGGGUGGGCCAUACACAGCACCGGGUCAACAUUGGAUCGACUCCUUUCAAAUAUCCUUAUGACUCAAAUGUGCUGUUUUUUGGUUUCUUUCACCCAAACUCCUCUGUUCCUUCCUUUUAUUGGUGUGCCUUUCUUCCCCUCCUUUCUCAAACAGUAUCCUCCUCUGUGUGAGGUCAUUGUUUGGCCACUGUUGAAGUAGAGAGAACGAGAGAGAGAAGUGUAGUGUUUCUAUGCUGGCCUGUUGAAAGGCACCAUUCCUAGAUGGAAUAUUACCGUACAAUACCAUUUGUAUUAGACGUUUCUGUCAUUUUGACCUUUGAGUUUCACCAUGUCUAACCAUUUCAGUUUGAUCUUGUUAGUAUUCCAAAUCAAUGCUAUUGUUUUAUUCAUUUUAUACCAAGUGGCGUUGACUACAUUGAAACUUCCACGAGUCAUGAUGCCAGUUUGUACUUGUUAAACAGUUGUUGAUUUGCAGAAAUAUUGAGAUUAGGUGCUAAAUUACUUCUGCUUUCGUGAAGCUAUGUAAAAGUACUUGAUGAUGUUGUUUAUACAAAGGGAAAAUGAUAUUUAGCUAUUGUCACUGUCAACACUGUCAAAUAUAGAUGUGUGUCUUGUACAGCUGAGGGAUAACAUUCAAGAUACAGGUAUCAGUAAUAUACAUAUACUAUUUUUGGAAACAUUAUUCCUUUUAAUGUAGAUUAGCGCAACUAGUAUUUAAGUUAGAGUAUCUAAAUAUGUAUAUUGAAUACGUAUAGGUAUAUCUGGAAGCAGAAUAAUAUUCAACCAAAGUUCUUUGUACAGAUUUUCCUGAAAUAUUUUCAAGAUUUACAUGACAUAUUUCCUUAAAACACAAAACAGGGGUCAGGUGGUUCGUCUUCCUUAUUUUACCAUGAAUUAAAUAUAUUAAAUGAAAAAAUCUACAUGGUUAUCAAAAAUGUAUAAUACUGUAUGUAUUUUUCCUGUCGUCCCACAUGUUAUGGAUUUCUUCCAUAUUUGGGCAUGCUACACUACUAUCAGAGAACAUUAACUUUUCUAUGUUGCAUUUCAAAUUGUUCCUAUGAACUAUGGAAUCACUAACUUCUAUCAUUAAUCCUAAGUUGUAUGUUUGUGUAGUGUCCUCUGUACUGUAAAUGUCUGUGUGAAUGUCGUUUCCGGGUGUCACCUCUGUCAUUCUCAGGGACGUCCCACCUAUUGAGUUGAAACUGCUCUCACAUUAGACAUGCAGACGCAGCGUUGUGUUACGGGACAGGAGCACAGAUGUUUUGGAGCGCUGAGGUGGAGCCCUGCGUCAGUAAUGUGAAAGUUGUGUCUCAAACAGCUCUGACAUCCUAAUGGCACCUUGUUGAAGAUGGUUAUGUGAUUAUCUGCUAUGCUCUUCAGGACUCAAGACAGGUAUCUAGAGUUAACAGCUGGUCUCCAUUCAGCUGUAUCUUAUUUUACAGUUCACAUUAAAUUGUAUUGAAUUCUGG